CCCGUUCACAGCCCUACUUAGUUAGCAUCACGCUGCCGCUGCCGGGCACAGGGACGGCUGCAGCCCAGUGUGGGGUCCAGCCUACGGCCUGGGUCAGCGUCUUGUCCUCUGGCCAUGGCGGCGAAGGUGGAUCUCAAGACCUCCAUCGACUGGAAGGAGGCGAAAGCUUUUUUGAAAGGUCUGAGCGACAAGCAGAGGGAGGAACAUUAUUUCUGCCUAGACUUUAUCAGCCUGAAGAAAAUACCGACCUGGGAGGAUGCGGGGGCAAAAGGGGCUCCAGGCAAGGCGGUGAAAUCCCAGCACAAAGCGGACAGGGUCCUGAAUGAGAAGAUCUCGCUCUUCCGAGGGGACAUCACCAAACUACAGGUGGACGCCAUUGUGAACGCGGCCAACAGUUCCCUGAUGGGAGGAGGCGGGGUGGACGGCUGCAUCCACCGCGCUGCCGGGCACCUGCUCAAGGAGGAGUGCCGAACUCUGCGCCGCUGUGAGACCGGCAAAGCCGAGAUCACCGGCGGCUACCGCCUGCCAGCCAAGUCCGUCAUCCACACCGUGGGGCCCAUGGUGCAGGGAGACCCCAGCCCCAGCCAGGUCCAGGAACUUCGCAACUGCUACCUUAACAGCCUGCAGCUGGUGCUCGACAACGGCAUUAGAUCGGUGGCGUUCCCGUGCAUCUCCACUGGAGUUUUUGGUUACCCUAGCGAGGCCGCGGCCGAGGUCGUCCUGGGCGUCCUUCGAGGAUGGCUGGAGGAGCACGCGGACAAGGUGGAUCGGUUGGUGAUCUGUGUGUUCCUGGAAAAGGAUGAGAAGAUAUACCGCAAGCUGCUGCCUUAUUUCUUCCCCGUGGCCUGAUGCCGUUCCUCCCCACUCCCCAAGACAUCCCCCGGGGGUUUGAACAUAGGUCUGAGAAGACAGUACUGUUCAUCCUAUUGAAGUUGCCCUUACUCUCACCUUCUGAGACCACCAGCUAAUUUUUUUCCAUCUGACCCUCCUACAGGAAUGGGGAUCUCACAAUACUAUUCAAUAAAGGGUUCUG